CAUCCGGCGGCAAUCGGAAGUCGAACGUUUCUCACACGAACUGUGGAGUUGUUGCACAUGGGCCCGCUCCGCUGCCAGAUUCUAAGAAACAUUUGCGGCUGUGUUUAUGGAUUUCACCAACUGGGACCGUAAUAACACUUUUAACAUAACUUUGGUGUUGCUCCCUCAGAAGUGCGCCACUUUGCAGUGACAUGGUAAUAUUUUUUGAAUGGCACCUGACAGCCGUGGACCAGAAGAGCAGCGGUGGUUUGCCAAUGACUGGUGAAGACACUGAUUUGGGGGCUUUGGCCUCACCACUGGUGGGGUAUUUGGGAAAAGUUCAGGAAAGAGCUGCGUCACUCGAGAAUUGUCCCUGGUGUUCCUCAAAGGGCCUAACCUAUCCUCUGCGCUCUUACCACAUCACCCUUCAGGAGUCGGUCACUCUCUGCACAAACCCUCUGUGCCUUUUCCCUCUGGUAAGCCGCUCCUUAGAGGAUGUUUUGGCUAGCUUGGAUCCUGUGGUGCCCACAGUUGGGAACAAAAGAAAAAAUCCUCUGCCACUGGAAGAGUUGAUUAAAUGCUCACCCAAAUGUCUGCGAUCGUGUGAUGAACUUGACAGUUUUGGGACACAGAGUGUUGCUGGAAACACUGUCACUAAUGGCCAACGUGUAGCACCUGAGGCAGAAGAUGGUGAAAAGGUGAACAGACAUGAAGAUGGUUUUGAUUGUCAAGCGGCGGAGACAACAGGCGGGGAGGCAUUACAAGAUGAGGACAUUCUGGAGAAGGAAACGGACGAAGCUGCGUUUGCAGACGGUAUUACUCCUUCUGCAUGCUCAGCCUCAACUGGACACCAACAGCACUCAUCAGCAGCUUUGUUGACUGCUGAUGGGGGUGAGCCUUCACUCUCUGAUGACCGCGUUGCUCUCCGUAUGAUGGAGACAGAGGAUGACUCCAGGCAGCCGAAGAUUCAUCCGGAGUUACUGAAAGGACAGACCAUCUUCACAGAUGAACACACAUCUUCAACUACAACGAAUGGUCCAUCACCUCAGCUCAGUGAGCAGACCGGACACCAACAGCACUCAUCAGCAGCAUUGUUGAGUGCUGAUGGGGAUGAGCCUUCACUCUCUCAUCACUGUGUUGCUCUUGGUAUGAUGGACACAGAGGAUGACUCCAGGCAGCCGAAGAUUCAUCCGGAGUUAUUGAAAGGACAGACCAUCUUCACAGAUGAACACACAUCUUCAACUACAACGAAUGGUCCAUCACCUCAGCUCAGUGAGCAGACCGGACACCAACAGCACUCAUCAGCAGCAUUGUUGAGUGCUGGUGGGGAUGAGCCUUCACUCUCUCAUCACUGUGUUGCUCUCGGUAUGAUGGACACAGAGGAUGACUCCAGGCAGCUGAAGAUUGAUCCGGAGUUACUGAAAGGACAGACCGCCUUCACAGGUGACCACACAUAUUCAACUGCAACGAAUAGUCCAUCACCUCAGCUCACUGAGCAGACCACAAGGACAGAGGAGAAAUCGCAGACGGCAGACAUCACCGCAUGUAACGGCCUAGCAGGCAGUAAGUCUGGGGAUUUUCUUCAUACCUCCAAAAUGCUCCCAGAGGAGCUUGUGCCUGUUCCAGAUCAUCUUUUCUGGUGGAACAGGGACAACCUAUGUUGGCUGGAUUCACUGCUUGUUGCUUUGGUAAACUGUAAGAGCUUGAAAAAGGCUAAACCCAAAGACAAGCCUCGGCAAUCGUCUGUCUGGCAGCUGAUGAACGUUUAUGAGGAUGUCUGGGCUGCCAUUCGAGACCAUCAGCAAACUGGCCAAGACGGUGUGGUGCGGGUGCCAAACCAUGUGCUGCAAAAAGCCCGUGCGGACCUACAGAGUCUCAGGAUUUCCGUCUUCGAACAACUGCAGCCCAAGCUUCACUGCAAACUGGGCCAGAAGGAGACUCCAGUGUUUGCCAUGCCACUACUGCUCAAUAUGGACUCCUGGGCGGAGCCUCUCUUCCAGUCAACCUUUCAGUGGGACUUCAAGUGCAGCGAGUGCAGAGCUGCUACAAAUGAGAGGUUCGUGAAAACUCUUCCCACCUUAACAAACAUCGUCCCCGAUUGGCGUCCACUCCGUGCAGUUCAUCUGGCCCCGUGCAAUGUGUGCGGCAGGAAGAAGCAGAAGAGGACUAUGAUGCUGGAGAGUGUGCCUCCAGUGUUCAUGCUGCACUUUGUUGAGGGGCUUCCUGACAAUGACGUCGGACUCUACACCUUUGACUUCAGAGGGAAACGCUACUCGAUCACCACUGUCAUACAGUACAACCUUCGGCUCAAGCACUUUGUCACCUGGAUUCAUCAUUCUGAUGGGUCGUGGCUGGAAUAUGAUGAUUUGAAACAUCCAGAAUGUAAGAGGCAUCAGAAACUCUCGGUUCCUGCCGCAGAGAUGCACAUCGUUUGUUGGGAAACGUCCGAGGAGGCCAGAGAGUCUCGCGUCUGUUCUCCCUCCAGCACAUUCUCGGACUCUCCCCCGUCCAACAAUGUGACAAACUCCACUUUAUCUUGUGGUCUCACUGACAAACAUGUAGCCGCAGAAGAACAGGUGGCGUGCUCUCCGGAUCAGUCUUUUGUCCUGUCGCACAAUGACUCUGACAUUGCCCGUGCACUCUCAGUAUCUGAAGAUGGCGUCAACAACUUGGACACCACCUUCCCCGCCGAUACGUCCAUCGGCUCCUCGACGCUGCUCGACACCUUCGAGGGCCUCAGCCACGAUGACAUCAUCACACUCACGCUGGUGGAGUUGAAACCGGAUUCGGAGACGACGCCUGUCGACGGCAGAGAACAAACUCAGGAUUUGACUCAUCCCAGAACGUGUGAAAUGCUUGGCACAACACCAGAUAGCUCCUCCACUGUCGCAGGCAGUGAAACGCGUCACAGUCCUGAAGCGGAUCCUCCCACUACCCCCUCUUCUGACCCUGAAUCUGUGGAUGGCUCAACCAGUGAUCCAACAUUUGAGCCUUGUACCAGGCGAGGUAGGGGUAGAGGUAGAGGUAGGGGCAGAGGUAGAGGUAGAGGUAGAGGAAAUGGCCGAGGCAAAGCUAUUGGUACACGAAAGGAUAACAAAGAAGUCUCAUCUCACGCAGCUUCACAUAUUUCACCACCAGUGUCUUCUGAGCCCACAGAAAUAACUGCUAACAAACUCUCAGGGUCUGCUGCUCCAGUAAACACUCCACCUGUUGAAAGCUCACUCCAAAUGCCCUCCAUGUUGGUUUCUACUGACACUUCACCCAUGUCCACUGAUCAGAAAUGCCCACCAACCGUAGAUCAGAACGCCCGCUGGUCUUUCAUGCUCAGCGAGCGGCUGCUAAACCACGUUCAGAACCCUGUGACGACACCCAGCCCCAUACUCACACCCAUGCCGGUCACAAAAGUAAAGCCCAUGCCAACCAUUCACUCUACCCCCAACCCUGUGUGGGCAAAGCAGAUUCCUGAAGGACCAAAACCACAGCUCAGGACAGAGCAGAGGGACGGUCUCCCACUGAAAGCUGCGGAAAUGUAUGGCGCGUUCCGUGCCAGGACCUCGCACUCGCCAAGUCCUCUCCCGUCGCCUGCUGCCCUUCCCUGUGUCAGAUCGAUGCCGAUUCAACCCAUAACCCCUCGCAACCAAAAAUCCCUAACAAACACAGCAGCAAUGUCCGGUGCAUUAUUUACUCUGCCUAAAGCAAACGGUAACCCCGAAAUCUCCUCCUUAAAGAAACUCUCCUCAAAGAUUCCCCCAGGUCUCAGUGAAACUGAAGUCCUCAGGUACAAGCUGUUAAAGAAACUGAAACUAAAGAGGAAGAAGCUCGCCAAGCUCAAUGGACUCUUGGGUCAUCAGGGCGGCGCGAGCCCCUGGCCUGACAGCACCGACCUGAGUUCUCCACACACGGUUACCUCCAGCACCUACGACGGCUCCACCUGCGACAGCAUCCUCUCGGAUCUGCUCUCACCGGCGACCACGGCGAGCAACCGGUCACCAGACAGCACCGACUACAUGGAAAUGCUCGUCAAAGGACAAGACGGAGGCAGCCGGUUAGACUGUGGGGUUAGUGGCGUCAGCGGCGCGUUCCAAACAGACACUUGUACGAAUGGAAACGGCGCUGAGAACUUUAUGGACGAGUUUCUGAUGCAGGCUAUGGCUCACAGGCCCACGGAGAUGGAGAGUGAUGCUCUGAGUGCACUUGAACUUUUCAUUUAAAAAUAAAUAUGAAUGUGUUUUUCUGUAAACUACAGUUAAUUUAACAAGCUUCACCUUGUCUGUCAUUAGGAUGGGUUUAUUAUAGCUGGUUCCAUUUAGGAUCCAUUACAUUUUGGGAUCAGGAUACAGGAUUUGUUCAAAUUAGCAGUCUUGAUGAGUUGAAUGAUCAGGUGAUGGUAAAUAGAAAGUUGUGUCUUGACUUAAAUAAUGAGAGUACAACCACAGUAAGUACUUUAUACUUCUUUGAUGAGACAAAUUCAGUUCUGGGGAAAUGCUACUAAACCUAAACCAUUGUUAUGCACUGUCAUGUCAGUUUGAGUUUAAUGAUUAGGGGAGGUGAGGAUAAUUUAUUGAGGUGAACAUGUUGAGGGUGUGUUUGUAAAACUUGCACAUGUUUAAAUGUGUUCUGGACAGUUGGCACGUUUGUGUUUGUGUGUGGUUGUAUGGAGGCAUCGUGUUUAUAGCCAGAGCUGUCUGUUUGCUCUGUUUAAUUAUAUUUUGAUAAAAUACUUGAAAGUUUGUCGUCUUUUUAAAAAAUGUAAUUUAAUAAAUGCUCUCAUUUACAGUGAGAAAUAUUGUGACAGAA